GACGAUAGAGGGUGAUAAGAAUGAACAUGACUUCCUAUGCUAAGAAUCAUUAGUUCUUCACUCCAUCAGCGUCAAGUAUAAUACCCCGGUCACCAAAUCCCAAUCUUUCAGACACUAUUCACCAUGGUCGAACGCGUACUGCUGGUCGGAGCCACUGGAAACAUCGGCGUAUCGGUCGCCAUCGGUGCCCUUCGUGCUGGACGCGAGGUUCUAGCCUUGGUGCGCAACCAAGACUCUGCCAAGAAGCUCUUCAAGCACGUGGGGACGUCUGAGGGCAUCCAAACCGUCGAGGCCGAUAUUGCAUCGGACACAGGAGUAAAGAGUGUUGUUGACCUGGUAAAGGCCGGGAAACUACCAGCUUUCCAGCAUGUAUACACCUGCGUGGGCAGCGAGUACACCCCUAUACCCCUGAAAGACAUCACCACCGAAGCGCUUCGCCGGAACAUGAACACAGGCUUUGAGGCCAAUUUCUUUGCCUACCGCGAUACCAUCGGGUAUCUGUUGGAACAGAAUCACCCUAACAGUACAUUCACUAUCUGCACGGGCUCCCAGGGUGAAGAAGCAGUCUUUGCACUCCCGGCCAUGACCCAGGGCCCAUUGUUUUCCAUGGCAACUGCGGCUGCCCGUGAGAAUGAGAAGACCAAUGUGCGCGCGAACGAGGUCUUUCUGAUGUUCCGGGUAGAGGUGGACGAGGACGCCGUCCAACACGGCGUGUCGAAAUCUUCCGAGUUCGCCUCUCACUAUGAGGAAAUUCUUAAUAGGCCAGAUAUCCGCAGCUCACGUAUACGCAUCGAGACGCCUGAAAACUUCAAGAAUCUAAAGGUGACGAAGAAGUUCUGAGGCAUUCGUCGAAGCAUGUUGUAGCGUGGUACAAUAUAGUCCAGAGUACGAAUUGACAUGACAGUUCUCCAAA